AUAUCAGUCACAAAAGAAAAAUACUUCUAUGGACAGCAAAUACGAAAGUGGGCCGAAGUUGCUGAAAGUGUUGGAAGUCUAAGAAGGAGGCUGGUGGAGCUUGUAAAGCCCAAUAGAACCCAAAAGGAAUGUAAAGCAGAAUAUCUGAUCACAAAUUCCCCUCCAUUCCCCACCUCAAAACAACUCCUCCUCGUCCUUUUCUUCUUCUCAGGAUGGAAAACCUAUUGCUGCUCCAGCUGCUGCUGCUGGGAUUGGACUGUGACAGUAACAUUCUUAACUAACAUGUCACAACCUCCACCACCUCCACCGCCAUCACGUAUCACCAACACCCAUAAUUUACAAACCCACAAGCCCAACAAUUUUCCUGAUUUCUUUUUCACUGCUCUUUCUAUUUUCUUCUUCUUCUCCUCUUCCUCUUCCUCUUCCUCUUCCUCCAAGCCUCAAUUCCCCAAGAUUCCAUUUCUCUGUUUCCCGUCAAACCCCCGCCGCUUCCUCAGAAUACCCUCCAUGUCCGUUUCCAAAACGAAUCAUCGUUUCGGCACCCCACAAUCCCUCUCUGAAUGGCUUAAGCCUCGAUUGCCUUCCGACUCCUUGGCUUCUUGGGGUGUCAAACCCGGCACCAAAAACGUUCACAACCUAUGGCUCGAGCUCUCUGAAGGUGAAACCUUCCUCGCUGACUCCACCCCUCCAAUCCGUACUGUCAGCGUUGUUACGGUCCGAAUCAUCGGUAAAAACAAUCAAAUUCUUGUUGAAUCUCAUCAAGAAUUAUCGGAUGGUGGUGUAAGGAAUCGGUGCAGACCCUUAUCGGAGAAAAUGAAGCCCAACGAGACACCUGAAGCUGCUGUCUAUCGUGCUAUAAAAGAAGAGCUUGGAUCGAUCAUAAAUGACGGUGGACUUGUGAGGAUUGUGCCUGGUUCCUACAAGGAGAAGGUUGAGGAACGGAAUUCGAUGUCAUACCCUGGCCUGCCGGCUCGUUAUGUCUUACAUUCUGUGGAUGUGACGGUGGAUGGGUUGCCUGAGGGAGAGUUUUGUACGGAAGAGGUGGAGGAGUAUACUGAUUCUGAAGAAAAGAGGGCUGCGGAUAAGGCUGUGUUUGUGAAGAAGCAUUUCUGGAAAUGGGUUAGUUCUGAUUCGGUUCAAUCUUGAUAUAUGGCAAUAUGGAUCUUCAGCUUUUGGCUGCAUUCUGACAAUUUUUGGUUAUACUACUACCUUUUACUUUUGUUGCUUUUGAUUUGAUUGGAUAAUGCUUCUUUUUGUGAUUAUGUUCUUUUGAGAUGCUAAAAAAUCAAUAUACUUGUCUUAACAUGUAUGAAUACUAAUUCUACGAAAAUUAGAGAUAUGAGGUUCAUCAUUAUACA